AUGAUAGGUUAUCACAGCAAACACCAUCGCAGAGUCGCAGAGGGGUCGGGUGGCGCAGUGCUCCUGGCCGUUCUGCGAGGGAAGGUGUCUGAGGGGAUGGACUUUGCAGACUCACAGUGUCGCGCAGUUAUCAUCACAGGACUGCCGUACCCUCCGUUCAGAGAUCCGCGUGUUGUGCUUAAACGAGAGUACAUGAAGAACGUGCAAAAUAAAAACGGAAUGGCUCUGUCAGAGCACCAGUGGUACUUAUCGGAGGGUACAAAAGCUGUCAACCAGGCCGUGGGGCGACUGAUCCGUCACGGGAGCGACUUUGGUGCGCUGUUACUCUGCGACUAUCGCUUUGAGAAAGAGAGUGUCACCAAAGAUCUCUCCGCCUGGAUGCGACCCCACAUCAACAAGAAUGCAGAGUUCGGACCUGUUUAUGAAAGAGUGUCCAAAUUCUUUAAAGACAUGGAGGUCAAUAGAACCGGGGAGGAUAUCAAAAAAGCUGUUUGUGACAGUUGUCCUAAUAAACUGACGGAUUCUUAUGUUGAACCUGCUCAGAAAAAGCGCAAACUAAAGAAUCAACCGCUUGAGUUUGACUCAACGAGCUCGGAAAGUUCUGAUACAGCUUCCACCCAGCAACCGGCCAAGAGCACGGUUGAGUAUGUCCGAGAGGUUAAAAGUACACUCGAGAAAGAAGAGUUUAAGAUUUUCAAAGAAGCAGUGAAAAACUAUGGUUCUAACAGUGAAAACUACAGCAGUUUGGUUUUAAAUCUUCGUAAAGUAUUCUCGGAUCCGUCAAGAAAGGACUUGUUCAUUGAGUUCAAGAACUUUAUCAAGGCUGAACACGUCAUCAACUUCGAUGAUCUGUGUUUGAAACUGUUUGGUUCAUCUUCGCUAUGA